AUGAUAAGCAUGAACUGAAGAAGCAAUAUUUUAUAGAAAGUUGUGCAGUGGGGUGUUGCCCGACGUCAGGCCAAUUCAAGUUUCUCAUGCUUGUUUGGGACAUGAGGAAUGGGGUCCGAGUAGCUAAAGUACAGACUUUGGGUAAUGGUGAAUGGAGGAGUGUGGACAAUGUACCCUUGAAUAAGCUAGCGGGUGGAUGCUUUCUAAAUGGGUCUGGUCACUGUUUUUUUUGUCUCAACUGUUACUUUUUUUCUAAAAUUAAGGUUGAACAUUUGGGGAAGGAACAUAUCAGUACCCUAAAAUGCAAAAAUGACACCUUUCUUGAAUAUGUUCUUAUCCAUAGUUUUUUGGCACUGGGUUUUGUCUGCCGCGGUUGUAUAAUAUAAUUUGCGUUCGGCUGACGGGAUUGAACAGUGGCGCUCUUGGUUGUUCUAUCUUUGAGAUGAAGAAAGUCAAACAGUACCAACCUUUUUCUGAAAUCCCUUCUGUCAUGUUAUGGGAAAUUCUGGGCCGAGUUCCGAUUAAGACGUGUUUAGCUUGUAAGCUUGUUUGCAAAGAAUGGUAUCAUAUUGUUGUCAGCCCAGAAUUCCCUUCUUUCCGCCGCCACUGUAAUGCGUCCCGAUUCACCUUGUUGUUUACUAAUGCCUGGGUUGGUAGGGUGGGGAUUGUUUUCCACCUUGUUGAGCUUGAAAAGACCUUGAAUGCCGAUGAUUUGGGCAAUCUUAUCGGGGGUGUUGACAGUAUCAUUGAAGUUCACCCAAAAAUCGACACACCCAGCAAAUUUUUUUAUGUCUUGUGUGAGUACAAUGGAGUUGUUUGUUUGGAAAGUGGAGAGAGUGAAUACUUCGUAUGCAAUUUGCUCAGUGGCAGUGUGUGAAUGUCCAGAAUCUGCAUGAAUUGAAUAAGCAUUCUCACACUAUAUUGGGUUGUGAAUUGGGGUGUUGCCCGGUGACAGGCCAAUUCAAGGUUCUCAUGUUUGUUUGGGACAUGACGAAUAACAUCCAUGUGGCAAAGAUACAGGAUUUGGGUGGUGUUGAAUGGAGGAGUGUGGGCAAUGCACCAUUGAGGAACCCGAAAGGUGGAUGUUUUCUAAAUGGAUCUAGUCAUUGGUGUGGUCGCGCCUACAUAUGGUCCUUUCAUUUUGGGAAGGAAAAAUUUUUACGAAUCCUGGUACAUGAUGACAUCAUUAGUGCAGCAUAUAAGAAGAGGAAUAAAGUUUUAAAAAUUCAGUUUCACUGAAGCAGAAAAAUCACAUCAUCUGGUUCCUUUCUAAACAACAGUAGAGUUUUCUUUUUUGUCAGUGGGCUUUCUGGUCUCAUAGUAGGGAUUUUGGCAUUUGAUGCAAGUUUCUCGAGGUUUUAAGGAUUCAGGUGGCUACAUGAAGAUAGUUCAACUGGAGCAGAAAAUUGCAUUUGGUUCAUCUCUAAACAGCAAUAGAAUUUUGUUUUUGUAUGACUUGGUGGCCAUAAGAGAUCAAAUCUAAAUCAUGUUUAACCUUCCGCAAACACUGUGGUCUCAGAACUCAUAUCUUUUGCGCUCAUCAAAGUGCCUGUAAGCAAAUAUGAUAAAAAUAACACACAUUU